AACAUCUUCUGAAUCUAUCAAUGCAAGUACGUCAAGCCUGGCGCGAUCCUGAUUAAUUGUUCUAAGUUGGUGAGCCUUCCAUGACAAUAUAGCUUUCUGCGCAUUCUGUACCAGGAAAAGUGCUUCAUCUUUAUCAUCAUUACUGUUAAAUUUGGCACGCAAUACAUGAGUAAUAAACGUCUUCAACAACCUAACAAAAUAAAAAGACGAUGUGCCCAUAUCACUUAGUUUGCUUAAAGUGCGUGCAUGUCAACAUAAGAUGACAAACAUUUUUAUCACAAGAAUCUUCUGCAAUUAGAUUUCUUUCUAUCAACAUUUACGCACCUUAUGUAGCUUUGAGCAUCUGUCACAUGUUUGGUUAUGUUCGUGGUCGCACUUUGCUUUGUACUUCUUGUCUUUUUCGUUACUCGUUGCAAACGUUAUACAAUGAUCCACAACUGUGGAGUCAAAUGAAACGUGUACCUACAAAGUAAAAAACAUUUUAUAUCCUGAGUGAUUGUUACAUGAAAUGAUUAUUCUUACAUUAUAAUCUCCCUUUAAGUACUGUUUGGAGUCCACUAGUGCUUCUUUCAGCUCUGUCGCUUGUUUAUCAGUUAGUUGGUCAUGGGGGAUAUUGUCCACAAUGGCUUUUAGUUCUCGAAGGCCUUGGUUCCCCACCUAAAAAGUUAUCCAAACCAUGUAAGCAUUUUCCUACAGACACUCCGCAACUCUCCGAGAUAAUCUUGAACAAAGUUCUCUUUCCAAGUGGAUUGAAGUUAGUUUCUUGGCAAAAUCUAAGGUACUGAUCAAUUAGUCGCGAUGGAAUUAAUAAUCUGAUGACAUUACGAAUGUCUAUUUCCUCCCCUGAAGAGAGAUGCAAUUUUCGUCUUCCAAACGGCAAAUCUUGAAUGAUAUUUUGGCUAGUUAUAAACUCGAUAAAGUGCUCAACCUGGCCAGUUUGGAUCUAUAUGUUGUCUCAGUAUAGUAGAUUGUGAUCCAAUAUGUAUUGAAAGGGAGCUUGCUCCAAAUUGGGCAGCAUGUCGACGAGCUGCUGUAAAAUGAUGCAGAGAAAUCCCUGGUAUCAGCUUCUCUAGAUCGCGGAAUGAGAGCUUGUCUGCUAUUAUGCUUAAUAUAUUUUUCUGUGUACUUGAAUGUGUUGCCUGAUUGUAACUUUCUACCAUGGCAUAUAACAGCGAUGAAUCUGCAGUGGUCUCGUUAUAGCGUAGGUUAAUCCCUGGUGAGUCUUUUAGGGCUCGCCAGAGCAAACCUGCGUCAUUAGGUGCAACUAUCUCAAGGGCAGUGCUAACAAUUUCUUCCAUUUUAGAUACAUAGUACUUCAUUGUUUUGGGUGUGGCAUCUGUCCCCCUUGCAUUAAGAGUGCGUUUUAUCGGUGGGUGGCCAUCCAAAGAGAGCAACUUGUUUAUAGUUUCAAUUUUCUCAGUCUUUUGGUUUUGAAUCGCAACCUAUUCGUUGCUGUCAUUAAUUGGACUGUGUUCCACAUCCACCCAAGAGAGAUCAGGCUUUCUCGGUGUUGUUGAAAGCAUGGCAGCUGCAGUAAGUCUCUGUUUUCCUAUUAAUUUACUCUGACGAUCAGCAGGAUUCUACAAGAAAGGGAAGCAAUAAAUUAAAAAGUAUUUACUAUUGCAGAUACUCUCUAUGAAAAAUGUUAUUUAGGUAUCUUGUUGGCACAUGCUACCUGUGUAUCAACCUUUCUCUCUUGUUCUCCAAAAAACUUCCUGCACUCUCUACACACAGCUAAGACGGUAAGAAAACAAUCGUUUUAAUCUUUGGAAAGAAGGAAGAAUAAUUUAAACAGAAAGAAUGGAACAAGAAUACGCAUUAAUAAAAACAUUAAAUUAAGCAAAAUCUCACAAGGAAGGGAAGAGGACAAUAGGUUUUUCUCUCUAUAUGUUAUAAAUACAUAUAUCGAUCUAACCAGAUCCUACUGGGAUGAUUUGACCUGUUUCCUCCAUGAUGUGCUUCGAUUGAUCCUUCUGCAAUCCUCGAUCACCUCUAACUGCAUUCCUAUGUUGGGCCAGGCUGGUCGGUACUUGGCAAUUUUUCCUCCUUCCUCUCCAAAAUAUCCCAAGAGAGUCGCGGUGAUACUUACAAACCGCAUACGUGGAAGCUUCCUCGAAGCCCACAUCAAACAAACCUACAGUUUAAGAGCGUAAUCCAAAACAAUAGGUUUCAAUUCAUGCAAAGGAUAUGCAUGUAUCAUAAAACUUGCCAGACCUUUCUUAAUAAGAUCGUUCAGAACAUAAUAAAUUUAAAAGCAAACAUAACAAAACCUACACCCAAUCUGCAAGUAAGUUAUCAUCGUUAACUUAACUAAUUUUAAAUGCAAGUAAGCCGGCAGGAUCAAUGAAUAUGAAGAAUUACUUUGUUGAAAUGCUGCAUUAAACUCGGAUAUCAACACUAUUUGAUUAUUGAUAAAUCAACAUAACGUAAUUGUUCUCUUUCUGUGCAACGAAAAAUAAAAACAUCUUCCCACGUAAGAUUUGUUUACCUGUGCGACAUAAUAUCAGAUCCAUCUCAUUACAGACAUUGCUACUUUUUCCGACACCAUACGUCUUGUGGUGUCUUUGUUGCAUUCUUUCAGCAGUACUUUUACUCCUUUGCACGAGGUGCCGUCUCUUAAGAGAUUAGAAAACGUACAGCUUUCCAUGCUUAGGGGCUGCUGUUCACUAUGGAAAUUGGAAAUAAACUCAAAAAUGUUUUGAAUUAAUUCAUAUCCGGUUGUCGGAUUUGUUAACUUCCAGUUUUUCCAGGAACUGCUUGGGAUUUUAAGUACACUUUUGAUACGAUUUUAUAUGGAUUAAAAACGAUCUUGGGUUGCUAUCUGAGCUGGAUAAUUUAUUAUAUUCUACACACUUGUACUUGUUUUUUGGUCUAUAAAGUAACAUAUUAUGGAUUGUUCAUCUGUAUCGAUUGAAUUUCCUACAUCAGUUAAGUCAAAUCGACUUUUUCAAAAUGGACGCCAAAACUUCGUGAUGACGAAGUGAAGUUGUGGGUGCUAUCUGUGGAAUAUGUCGUCAACAUAUGAAUGUGGUAUAACCUGCAAACUAACAACAAUUGAUGUCUGUGAAUGUAGUUUGAGGCAAAAGCAAGAAGUCCAGACAAUACGUGAAAUACUGAGCAAUCAAUCCAUGUUGCAUUAGACUCCAAAUCAUGUAAGGUAAGCUGUGUGUCGAUGGGGUUUCUGUUGCAAUCGCUAGCUUGAAAUGUACACCACCUUUUCCAGCAACGAAGCCGAACUAAUGCAGUAAUUUUAAACAAAAGCUUUCAUUUUAUUGACGCUUCUUACAAGCUAUUAAUUCAGCUUCAAGUUCCAAAAAUUUCACGUGUUUUGAAAUUUACCUUAAAUAUAUUUUAGCGCCGUGGCUAGAGUAUUUCUUUCCCCAAAAUUAUUUUACUAUAUUUCAAAAGAGUAAAAUUCGUACAAGUUAUUGUUGUGUUUUCGUUUCUUGGAACAGUGUACUUCUCGACAAAUUCACAACAGAAUUUCAAAUGAUUUGGGGUUUUUUUUUAACUCGGCAACAAAAAGCAAACAAGACGGCAAAAUAUGGCUGAAAUUGUGUUUUCGUGGGGGUGAGUGAAAUAAAAUGUAUUAUAUUUAAAGAAAACAAUGACAAUCCUUAUAAAAACUACAACAAUUAUAUUAAAUUAAGCAUAGUUUUUUAUCCCAUGAUAAUUUUUUUAGGAAAUAAGAACAUUUAAUUUCUGCCAGGCAUAUUAGUUAUUUUAUGCAUAAUUAGCAAUUUACCUGGGGUGGGUGCAUGGUCAUUUUCUUGUAAAAUAUUAUACUUAGACAAAUUUUUCCUUUCAUUAACCACCCCUAAAAACAACCCUUCUAAACACUGUAAGCACUUCAGAAAGGAUGUUGCUUUUCAUUUUCGGAAGUUGGAGCUAUGUUGGCACUGCCGUUUCAGGGCAGGGGUCAUUUCAGGACUUUCGCCCCGGAUUCAGGUUUUGGCACAUAUGCCAUCUUGACUGCCAUGGUCAUUUUACCCCUAAAACAGUGGAGAUUACCUGUGCUAAAUGAAAUACAUGCAAAACAUCUAUACAGGUCCUAGACUAAUUAAUUUAUCCAUUGCCAUGCCGAGGGGUAUCUGGUUUGGGGGGGGGGAGGAAGGGUGAUUUAAAAAAUUUGGGCCCCCUUCAUUUUGGAGGCUCCCGCCCAUUCAGGAAAGUUACAAUUUUUCCAAAAAAUGUUGGCAACCGGGGGGCUGUGAGGAGGUCAACUUUUUUUAACUCAAUCUCAUCUGAUCGAAAAGUAGCAAUUUCGAGUGGUGUUGUUAACACAUAUACCUUUCAAACCAUACAUCGUACGGAAACAGAAAUUGCAUCGUUCAAAAGAGGAGGACUUCCACUUUCCAACAAUACCAAUUUCAAUUUCAUCCAGAGCUUGGUUAACAAUUUACUCGCAUGCAAUGCAAUGAUGCAUAAAUGUAUCUAGCGCUUCAAAUUUCAAAUAUGUCAAAAAUUUUAUGAAUGUUGUAACAAUCGUGACAUUCACGUGAUCGCAGACUUGUUUACGUUACAGUAAUUUUACAUAAUUAGAUAAAACCGGUUUUUCUUGUUUUGUUGACGAGAUAUAUUUUUUUUGGAACAUAAAAUAAAAGAUAAAUAUGUAGUUUUUCGAGCGUGUUUUUAAACCCUUUUACGACGAAUAAAGCGAAAAUAAUCACCGUUUUCUACAUGGCGCCCAACGUGGGGCGAGCUCACGAAGUAGAGAUUUAGAAUAUGUCGAAAAUCGACCGACUUAAAGCGAUUAGGGCGGCUCAUCGAGAAGUUUGCCAGAAACUCGAAAAGGAAACAUACGAUUUGUUAUCACAAGAAUUAUCCGACGAAGUGACAAGUAGACUCGAAGUUAUUGACUGUUUAUUGGAAGGUAAACAAAAGACUUUAAACGAUCUCGAUAACGAAAUUACUUCUCUGUGUAAAUUAAACGAAAUUAGCAAAGAAAUCGAAGAUUCAGAAGCGAUUGUAGCGAGAAUUAUAGCGUGUCGAAAGAAAAUUAAAGACUCAAAACAAGUCGUUAGCAAUGUACAACAAUCUCCCGUUUAUGUUCAAACGAAUUCAGCUCAAGAUAAUGUCGUUAAACCGCGUUUGCCAAAGUUAACUUUACCGAAAUUCAAGGGCGAUGUUAUGAAAUGGACAACUUUUUGGGACUCAUUUAACUCAUUCUCAUCCGGUCGAAAAGUAGCAAUUUCGAGUGGUGUUGUUUCAAACGCUUAUAUCUCUCAAAUCAUACAUCACACGGAAACAGAAAUUGCAUCGUUCGAAAGAGGAGGACUUCUGCUUUCCAACGAUACCAAUUUCAAUUCCAUCCGGAGCUUGGUUAACGAUUUACUCGCAUAAAUUUGCAUAAAUUAUGAUAUAAAAAAAUGUUGCAAUUAUGCAUAAAUGUAUUUAGCGGUUCAAAUUUCAAACAUGUCAAAAAAUUUUAUGAAUAUGACUGAAAGACACGGUUAUGAUCUACAAGUACCCGACGUUUCAUGCAUGUAGCAUAAAUAGAAAUAUUUUUAUUGAAUUUUUAUAUAAACUAGGUAGUGGAGUAAAAUUUACAUUUUGUGCUCACAUGAAACAAAUACCUUUAUCACAGGUCCUUUUUUAUUGCUGCAACAUGUUAUCAACACAAAUUUCCAAUAUUUCUUACUCUCCAAAGAUAGUAUGGCACUAAAAUAAGUCUGUGAUACCCACAAAAGAACACUCAAAUCAUGAUUAGCAAAAUGUCUUUAUUUCUACAAUUACUACAUACAUUCUUAGAUAAUCAUUACACCAUUGACUUUAGUUAUUAGUGGCAUAACCAGCCUCAAAAUUUGGUCAUGCUAUUCAAAUUUGAAAUAAUCACUACUCAUUUGUUUAGAAAUUGAUUGUUUUCACAAUCUAGAACAUGAAAAUAUUUGCAAAUAGCAUGACCAAGUGUUGUUGGGCUGGCAUCAUCAUAAUUAGUAGUUAUAAAAAAGUAAUGUUUUCCAAGGCAGUAAUGUUUGCUAAAGCAGUAAUGUUUGCCAAAUCACAUAAUUGGAUUAUGUGGUGAAAAUAUUUCCUUUAUAUUGUACUACAAAAGACCUAAGACUGUAACCAAACUGAUAUCAGAUCACCACGUCAUACCCAAAUCUGUUGCGAUGAAUAUCUGGACUUCUUCCUGUAUAAAUUUCAAAGUCGCAAUAUAACCAUUAGGAUUGUCUGCAGCAACCCACAGAUUUAUUCCCCACAUAGUAGGUCAUCUAGCUUUCAUGAACUGCCUAACCCCAACCUAUUUCUUGAUUUGACAGUGUGUUUGUCUGCAACAACAAUAUUCUGUGACGGCUGGUACAGUUGUUGAUGCAGUUUAUUGCUGUAGUCUUUAGUACAGGAUCUACCAUAUUCACAAACACCAUAAGCGCUUUGUACCUAACCCGAGAAAUUAUGUCUAUUGCCCACAGACCAUGAUAUAAGGUUUUUACACUCCAAUAAUUUUCAAUCUCACUGUCGACUUUAGCAAACCUGCAUAUUAUACUAAAAGGCAAUCAACCUCUCAAGGUUGGUGGACUGCAAGACCCUUUUUUAUUAGUAUAUGGGGAUAACUUUUGAGUUAUUUGUAUGUGGGCAUAUGUAUUGGUAUGGCCAGGAAACUACCUCCUGAAGCAUUCCCUUAGUAAAAAAGAGUCGAAUGAACUCAAGCUCACAGUUCAUUGAGCCAAAUGAACUCAAGCUGACAGUUGAUCGAAAUGGAUCCCGGACAUGUCAGUGAGGAGCAAAAUCUGGGAGAACAUUCCUGGCGUCAGGAUCAUCAUAUCCGUCAUGUACUAUGGGGCCUAGUGGGGAUGCUAGACAGGGAGCUUUCGAAACCUUAGGUCCUAAUGGCUGGGCUUCCCUCUACCUCUACUCAUCCCCCUACCUUCCCUCUGGGUUGGUGAGUGUGGUUCUCAUGACUCAUCAGAACUCUACUUCCCUGAGGCUAUGAAACAGGAACAGCAGAUAGGAACAGGAUCAAUAUAUUCAUCAGUGUGAAUAAAAACUUUUAUAGACAUGGUGCCACUUAAAAUUAUAAUAAGAGCCAACUAGUAAGAUAUAAGUAUGAAUACUUGGCUAUUAUGUAUGUAACAAACAACCAAACAUGUGCUCAAGGCUCAUUUUACUUCGCCUAGGAAUCAGAGAUUCUAAUGCCUAAAACCCCAUAAAUUUUCGUCAACAAUAUAAAUAAAUACCAUUUAUAUUUGUCAAUUUCAGUAUGAAACGAUUAUUUCAACACAAAAAAGCGAUAUGAGUACAUACUUGGUCGUACUAGUGAAGCUAUACUAAAUACAAAUAAAUUUACAACGCCAUGGCAACGGCAAAACAUUGAAAUAGAAAUUGUCUAGAAAUGAUACAAAUACUUGCCUUAAAACUCCAGACACGACUCCCAAUGCCAAGUUGAGAUACUUGUCUUCAUACGAAGACAUUCCAUCAUUACUAGCACUUUCAGUUUGCAAAAUAAAGCCAAAAACGUCUUCAGAAUGCGAUUCAAACAAAACUACAACGCAAUACAUUUCAACGCUUGUGCGUUCCCAUGCGCGAUAAUCAGGAAAAUUGCUCUAAAAGAUUUGUUUUUCUGCCUAAGCCAAUCAAAAUCCGUAUCUAGGGUAAACAAACACUCGGGAAGUGAUUCCUGCAGUCUUUUACCAGGAAACUGUAAUGCUUUACCAAGAAUUUGGCGUCCGAAGUUGGCCGAACACUUUCCGAUCACGAGAAUUGCCAUAAUAGGCUUAGAUUAUUUCGCAAUUUCCCGAGACUGCUCCGAGCUAUAGAAUGGAAGAUGGCGAUUCUUUUGGUAUAUUUGCUAUUAUUAUACGUUGAAAAGAAGCAAAAAGACGAGCAUUUGAAUCAGGUGGAACAUUCAAAAUGCAACAGCAAAAUUGAUAAUGUGUCAUUUGCAUAAAUUUCACCGCAUUGAUCAUUUUAAGGUAAGAAAUUCGCUUGAAAUUGAGCGAGAAACAAUAAAAUUAUAUGAAUAUUUCUGAAUCUAUAGUAUCGAUCAAGCGGAAUUUUUUGGUGGUAUUUUCGUAUGUCUACUGCAAAUACUCGCGAAGUUCUUUAAUAUUUAAUCUUCCCGUCAUAUACGUCGGAAAUUAAUAUUGGCGGAUCGAAUUGAGUUAAUAGCGCGAUUCAUUCGAACGAAAGUAUACCCGCAAUCGAUAAAUUUAACUAUUUAAAUGCUCAUCUCGAGGGUACGGCUGCAAGGGCCAUUCAAGGAUUAACACUUUCAAGUUCAAACUACACCUCAGCUAUCGAAUUGUUAAAGGAACGUUUUGGCAAGCCACAAAUUAUUAUUUCAGCUCAUGUUGACGAAAUGUUAAAAAUUCAAGCGAGCACAGAUGGUCGGCUUUCAUCACUACGAUAUGUAUACGAUAAAAUCAGUGUAAACGUGCGAGGUUUGGCUUCACUUGGGGUACAAUCUGAGCAAUAUGGAAGCUUAUUAAUUCCUAUUGUUAUGUCUAAACUUCCUAGUGACGUAAGAUUGCAAAUCGCUCGUAAGAACAGUAGUGAAAUAUGGAAAAUAGAUGAACUUCUCGAGGCUGUUAAAACUGAAAUCGAAGCGAGAGAAUCGAGUGAAGGGGCCAGGGCAAGUGCAGUUGACAAUCGUAAGUUUUCUAAUAAUAACAAAACCCAGGCACCACUCGGAGCUAGUGCACUUUUCACAAAGACACAAGAGGACUUCAAGAUUCGUUGUGCUUUCUGCAAUAAUCUACAUUAUUCUGCUUCCUGUGAUGUUGUACAAUCCUACGAAAGUCGAAAACAAAUUCUUGCAAAGGACAGACGAUGUUACAAUUGCCUUCGAAAGGGUCAUCAAGUGAAGGAAUGCUCAAGUCAAAAAAAUUGUAGACACUGUGGUAAACGUCAUCACCAGUCGAUAUGUGACACAGUGCAUGCAAAGGGAUUCGACGAAACUAACGAGAAAUCGAAACAAGACGACGACGUGAAAACCAAGGUUACAACUGCAACGAGUUAUGAGAAUCGAAGAAAGCGAAAUAGUGUUCUUUUGCAAACUGCACGGGCAGUAGCUCUGGAUGAAACUGGGAGACAUUUAGUUCCAGUACGAAUUCUUCUGGACACAGGAAGUCAACGAUCAUAUGUGACUGAGGACUUGCGUUCCAAAUUAAAACUGAAACAUGUUCAACGUGAGAAACUCACACUCAACACCUUCGGAGAGAAUCGGUGCAAGAAUCAAAGUUGUGAUCUGGUAAAUUUACGCCUUCAGAAACCUGGAAAUCCUGAAAUUAUUGAAAUUUCUGCAUUGACCUUCCCUGUAAUAUGUUCAGCCUUACCUUCCACGGUAAACAUCAAUGAUUACCCACACAUUCAGGACUUAGACCUAGCUGAAGACUUUGAUAACGACAACCACGAUUCAAUUGAUGUGCUCAUUGGAUCCGACUACUAUUGGGACAUUAUUAUGAGUGAAUCGAUUCGAGCAGAUUAUGGUCCAACUGCCAUCAACAGUAAAUUUGGUUGGGUUCUUUCUGGCCCAGUAACCAAUUCAUUAUUUAGUGUAGACAACACCGCAUCUCACCUAAUCAUCUCCGGAGCAUCGGAAUUCCUUCCAUAUCAAAGUAACAAUGAGAUUGUCACUGUGUUAAGAAAAUUUUGGGAAACGGACAGUAUUGGUAUCAAAGAUAAUAGAGAUAUCGAAGAGAAAUCCGAAGCGAUAACGAGUGAAAUUGUGAAACCUGUUUUUAAAGAGGAUCAUUACGAGGUCAGUCUGCCGUGGAAAGAAGAUUAUUCGCCAUCUUCAACGAACUACCGAUUGUGUGAAACAAGGCUGAGAUCGCUACACCACAAACUAAAGAAUGAACCGAAUCUGCUUUAUGACUAUCACGAGAUUAUUAAGGAUCAAGAACAUAAGGGGAUUGUCGAAAGAGUUGAAGAAUCAACAAGUGCAACCGAGCAAAGUUUGAAACGAGUUCAUUAUUCACCCCACCAUGCUGUAAUUCGGAAAGACCGCAAAACAACCAAGGUUCGUGUCGUGUAUGACUGUUCAGCCCAACAUUCGAAAGACGAUCGAUCGUUAAACGAUUGUUUAGAAGUCGGUGAAAAUCACAUCCCUCAUGUGUUCGAUCAACUAACGAAGUUUCGAUGGAAUGCUAUUGGUCUCACCGGUGACAUUGAAAAGGCAUUUCUGAUGGUAGGCAUCAAUCCCGAAGACAGAGACAUGCUUCGUUUCUUAUGGUAUGAUGAUCCAUUUGCUUCAAAUCCCGAGCCUGUUAUAUAUCGUUUCAACCGACUAGUGUUUGGUCUCAGACCAUCGCCAUCAAUUCUGGGAGCUACGAUCGAGCACCAUCUUUGUUUGUUUCAACAAAGCGAGCCUGAAAUUGUUGAAAUGUUGAAAGAUUCCUUAUACGUGGAUGAUUUCAUAACGGGGGAGGAGAACGACGCGAAAGCCUUCAAUGUGUACAAGAAAUCGAAAGAAAUCAUGGCGAAAGGUGGAUUUAACCUACGUAAAUGGCAUUCAAACUCUCCAAAUCUCUUGAAAUUGAUCGAAACUGACAAAACUUCUCUGCACGAACAUUCCAAAUCAGCACCGAUUGUUAAUACAACUGAAGAUGACGAGUCAUAUGCGAAGUCGCAAACUACGAUUGGGAAUUUCAAAGAAGAGAAUGACUCGACUGUUAAGGUUUUAGGAUUAAACUGGGACACAACUUCGGACGAAAUUUUCUUUGACUUAAGCGAGUUAGCAGAAUAUGGUCAUGCCCUACCUGAAACGAAACGUUCAGUCCUUAGCCUUACUGCAAAGAUCUUUGAUCCCAUUGGGUUCUUAACGCCUUUCACGGUUGAAAUGAAGAUCUUAUUUCAACAACUUUGUUUGAUUAAGACUAAUUGGAACGAUAAACUAGAAGGAAAUCUAUUACAAAGGUGGAAAUCAAUUCUGGAUGAGUUGAAAUUCCUUACGGACGUGCGUAUUCCUCGUUGCUAUUUUCAAUCGACUCCUAUAGACAUACAAAUUCAUGGUUUCAGCGACGCCUCAGAACGUGCGUAUGCUGCUGUUUUGUACUUACGUUCAGUUUACGAAGAUGGUCGCAUUUUAGUACGCCUAGUAGCCUCAAAGUCUAGAGUAGCACCGAUAAAGAAGCAAACAAUUCCACGACUGGAAUUGCUAGGGACUGUUCUUCUUGCAAGACUUGUGAACAAGUUUACUUCAACAAUUAAACCGAUCAAACAAUUAGAAACAAUCAAUUGGACUGAUUCCACAACUGCCCUCUGUUGGAUACAAAACGAAAGAAUAUGGAAACAGUAUGUACAACAUCGCGUUGACGAGAUACGAAGUUUGACCCUCAAAGAUUCGUGGAGACAUUGUCCAGGUGAACUUAAUCCCGCCGAUAUACCGUCUCGUGGCCUGAAUGCAAAGAAACUUUCUGACAAUUCGAUGUGGUGGAAUGGUCCAUCGUUUUUACUCCGACCAGAGGCUGAAUGGCCUAAACCUUGACCCGUACAAGAAGAGAAUGAACAGGUUCUACAAGAAGCAAAAAAGAAUGCACCAGAAAUCACUCACUCGAUGGCCAAUACUUCGUCUGACUACCCUGUUGCAAACGUGGAGAUGAUAAUCGACAGCACUCGUUACAGCACAUUAACAAAAUUACUUCGUGUUACGGCACUGGUGAUGAGAUUUAUUUCCAAGGUCAAGAAUCGUGUAAAAUCGAAAGAGAAUUGUGAUUCGGUUCAGAGAGAAUUGACUGCCUCGGAAAUUAACGACACGGAAAUUGCGUGGAUCAAAUCAGUACAAGCUAAACCGUUCGAAAACGAGAUUCGAUAUCUUGCGCGUAAGAAAACGAAGGAAGAAUGUCUGUCAUCGCCGAAAUAUGUCACGCAAUUUGGGUUAUAUGUAGAUCAACAGGGAAUCGUUCGUUGUGGCAGAAGAAUUGGCAAUAGCACCUUGUCAUCGAACUGUAUACAUCCGAUUUUACUUACUUCCAGACACCAUUUUGUUGAACUGCUCAUCGAACACACUCACAAGCAUACUGUACUGCACAACGGUAUACAAGAUACCCUCACUGCAUUAAGGGAACGUUUCUGGGUGAUUCGUGGACGUGAAUCGGUUAAGAAAGUUAUUCGAAGGUGCGUUACUUGUCUCAAACACGAAGGAAGUUCUUACGGACCACAACAACCAACUGAUUUACCAAACACAAGAGUCUCAGAUGACCCACCUUUCACGCACGUAGGACUCGAUUUCGCUGGUCCAAUUUAUUUCGAUUCGAAAGGGACUGAAACCGUUACCAACCAUUCGUCAAAGAAAUCAUAUGUUUGUCUGUUUACAUGUUCAUCAACAAGAGCUCUACAUCUUGAACUUUGUCGAACUUUAAACGUCCCGGAUUUCCUGUUAGCUUUUAGAAGAUUCUCUAGUCGACGGGGACUUCCUGCCACUCUAACCUCAGAUAACGCAAAGACUUUCAAGUCGGCAUCCAAGGAAUUGCUCAAAAUCGUUAGAUCCGAAGACGUGAAACGUUACCUUCACAAUAAUCGUAUCUCUUGGAAUUUUAUUGUUGAGAGAGCCCCUUGGUGGGGCGGGUUUUGGGAGAG